CAGUUCGCCGACCAAAAGCAAGAGUUCAACAAGCGCCCCACGAAGAUCGGCCGCCGCUCGCUUUCCCGCUCCAUCUCGCAGUCCUCGACGGACAGCUACAGCUCCGCUGCCUCCUACACAGACAGCUCUGAUGACGAGACCUCCCCCCGAGACAAGCAGCAGAAGAACUCCAAAGGCAGCAGUGAUUUCUGUGUGAAGAACAUAAAGCAGGCGGAAUUUGGGCGCCGAGAGAUUGAAAUUGCUGAACAAGAAAUGCCUGCGCUGAUGGCUUUGAGGAAGAGAGCUCAGGGAGAGAAGCCACUGGCCGGGGCCAAGAUCGUGGGCUGCACGCACAUCACCGCGCAGACGGCUGUCCUCAUGGAGACUCUGGGCGCGUUGGGUGCGCAGUGCCGAUGGGCUGCGUGCAACAUCUACUCCACUCUGAAUGAAGUGGCUGCUGCCCUUGCUGAGAGCGGGUUCCCCGUCUUCGCCUGGAAGGGAGAAUCCGAAGACGACUUCUGGUGGUGCAUCGAUCGCUGCGUCAACGUCGAAGGGUGGCAGCCCAACAUGAUCUUGGAUGACGGAGGAGAUCUGACUCACUGGAUUUACAAGAAAUAUCCCAACAUGUUUAAGAAGAUCAAGGGGAUCGUAGAGGAGAGCGUGACUGGUGUCCACAGGCUGUACCAGUUGUCCAAAGCAGGGAAGCUCUGCGUCCCAGCCAUGAAUGUCAACGACUCGGUCACAAAGCAGAAGUUUGACAACCUGUACUGCUGCAGAGAGUCCAUCCUGGAUGGCCUCAAAAGGACGACAGACAUGAUGUUUGGAGGCAAGCAAGUGGUGGUUUGUGGCUACGGGGAGGUUGGCAAGGGCUGCUGUGCUGCUUUGAAGGCCAUGGGCUCCAUAGUGUACGUGACAGAGAUCGAUCCGAUCUGUGCCCUCCAGGCCUGCAUGGAUGGAUUCCGGCUCGUGAAGCUCAAUGAAGUCAUCAGACAAGUUGACAUCGUCAUCACCUGCACAGGCAACAAGAACGUGGUGACCAGGGAACAUCUGGACCGGAUGAAGAACAGCUGCAUCGUCUGCAACAUGGGGCACUCCAACACCGAGAUCGACGUGGCCAGCCUGCGUACGCCCGAGCUGACCUGGGAGAGGGUGAGGUCCCAGGUGGACCACGUCAUCUGGCCAGACGGGAAGAGGAUAGUCCUUCUGGCAGAGCAGCGUCUCGCUCCGUAGCGGGCAGCAGUUACUUACCUAAGUGUCUUCUCCAUCCAGGCUUUGGCUUUGAUAGAGCUCUACAACGCUCCCGAAGGCCGCUACAAGCAAGACGUGUACUUGCUGCCUAAGAAAAUGGAUGAGUACGUGGCAAGCCUCCACCUCCCAACGUUCGACGCCCACCUGACGGAACUAACGGACGAACAAGCGAAAUACCUGGGGCUGAACAAGAACGGACCUUUCAAACCAAAUUACUACAGGCUGCUCUUUGCAGCCGACGCUGCAACGCGGUUUUUAGCGUGA